AUGCCAACCCCAAUCAUCGACUCCCACAUCCACCUCUUCCCAGCAUCCCAUCUCCCCACGCUGGCCUGGUAUACACCCUCCAGCCCACUAGGAUCCCAGCACUCCGUCGACGAAUACCGCCUCGCAACCACCUCCAUUCCCACAUCCCCGGAACCAACAACAGACUCACAUUACCUACGGGGCUUCAUCUUCCUCGAAACCGACCGGAUCUCCUCAAUUGAAGAAUCAGAUCCAACCCGUGGCUGGUCCCACGCCCUCGACGAAGUCUCCUUCCUCACCCGGAUCAUUACCGGAGACCCCGUCCCCGGGGAAGGCCACAAAGAUGUAGAUCGCCACAUCUGUCUAGGUAUGGUGCCCUGGGCGCCUGUUCCCGGAGGUCCUGCUGCGCUGGAGAAGUACAUUUCUCUAGUGAGAGAAAGGACUCGCACGGAGGAAGUAUUCAGAAAAGUCCGCGGAGUGCGGUACCUCGUUCAGGAUAAGCCGAGCGGAGUCAUGUUGCAGCCCGAGUUCAUUGAUGGGUUGAGGUGGCUAGGACGGCAGCAGUUGGCGUUUGAUCUGGGGGUGGAUGCUCGUCAAGGUGGCAUUUGGCAGUUGAGGGAGGCGGCGGAGAUGAUGAAUACGGUUUAUCGGGGGGUUGGGGAGAAGAAGGAUAGGGUUAGGAUCGUUAUUAGUAUGUUCAUCCACGACCUUCUGCUUCUAUCUUUGAGUAGAGUUUAUGGUUGGUAUUUGCUUGUUGCUAACGAGCCGUCUACAGAUCACCUGUGCAAGCCAAACCUUCGUCUGCCGUACACAUCGCCAGACUCGAUAGCUACGCAUCCUGAUUUCCUGGAGUGGAGCUCCCUGAUCACAGCCAUGGCACAGCAUCCGACAGCGUAUAUGAAGCUUUCCGGUGGAUUCUCGGAGCUUCCCCCGCUGACGGCGGAAUCGGAGCCGGAUAUUGCUGCCCUAGUCGACCAGGUCCAGCUGUGGACGGACGUGGUCUUUGAUGCAUUUGGGCCGGAGAGAGUCAUGUUUGGGUCUGACUGGCCGGUGUGUAAUGUGGGUGGAGGCGGCAGUGCAGUCGCCUGGAGACGGUGGAGGAGUGUGGUGGAGGGCAUCUUGGAGAAGAGGGGCUUGUCGCAGGAGCAGAAGGAGGGUGUAUGGGGAGGAGUUGCAGUCAAAGCAUAUGCGAUUGAAAUCUAG